AUGGGUCACGAAGAUGCUGUGUAUCUUGCCAAGCUGGCCGAGCAGGCUGAGCGCUAUGAGGAGAUGGUCGAGAACAUGAAGAUCGUCGCUUCUGAGGAUCGUGAUCUUACCGUCGAGGAGCGCAACCUUCUCUCCGUCGCCUACAAGAACGUGAUCGGUGCCCGACGUGCCUCGUGGAGAAUUGUCACCUCCAUCGAGCAGAAGGAAGAGUCCAAGGGCAACUCCUCCCAGGUCGGUCUUAUCAAGGAGUACCGACAGAAGAUCGAGGCAGAACUUGCCAAGAUCUGCGAUGACAUCCUCGAUGUUUUGGACAAGCACCUCAUCCCCUCUGCUAAAUCUGGCGAGUCUAAGGUGUUCUACCACAAGAUGAAGGGCGACUACCACCGUUAUCUUGCUGAAUUCGCCGUUGGUGACCGACGAAAGGAGUCGGCUGACAAGUCGCUUGAGGCGUACAAGGCUGCUACCGAGGUUGCCCAGACCGAGCUGCCCCCCACACACCCCAUCCGUCUUGGUCUCGCCCUGAACUUCUCCGUCUUCUACUACGAGAUCCUGAACGCUCCCGAUCAGGCUUGCCACCUCGCGAAGCAGGCUUUCGACGAUGCGAUUGCCGAACUUGACACUCUGAGCGAGGAGAGCUACAAGGACUCAACUCUCAUCAUGCAACUCCUCCGAGACAACCUGACCCUCUGGACGUCUUCUGAGGCUGAGCCUCCUGCGGAGUCGGCCGCAGCCCCCGCCCAGGAACCGGAGAAGGCCACCGAGACCCCGGUUGAGGAGCCCAAGGCUGCCGAGUAA